UUUAAACUUUAUUUUAUUAAUUUAUACUAUGUUAUUGUCCUAUACCUUUUCUGUUUGUACACAGUAUACAUACACACAUUUCUGUGAAUUCAAGUAGCUGAGCAUGCAGGGCUGUGACGUCGAGUCCUCUGAUUGGGCGACUGUACUGCUGUGCCUGACCAAUGAACGACCAGAUGAUCGCUAUAUAAGCCGGGCUGUCCCAGCGUCGAGUUAUUCUGUUCUCUGCUUCUCGCAUACUGUAACUCAUCGAGCUAUUUGGAAAAAUGUCAGGACGGGGCAAAACCGGUGGCAAGGCCAGAGCAAAGGCCAAGACCCGCUCAUCCCGUGCCGGGCUCCAGUUCCCAGUCGGCCGUGUCCACAGGCUCCUGAGGAAGGGUAACUACGCUCAGCGUGUCGGUGCCGGAGCUCCUGUGUAUCUGGCCGCCGUGCUCGAGUACCUGACCGCUGAGAUCCUGGAGCUGGCUGGAAACGCCGCCCGCGACAACAAGAAGACCCGUAUCAUCCCCCGCCAUCUGCAGCUGGCCGUCCGCAACGACGAGGAGCUCAACAAGCUGCUGGGCGGAGUGACCAUCGCUCAGGGCGGCGUGCUGCCCAACAUCCAGGCCGUCCUGCUGCCCAAGAAGACCGAGAAAGCCGUAAAGAGCAAGUAAAGCUCCGUGCUGCUCCUCAACCAACCCAAAGGCUCUUUUAAGAGCCACCCACUCCAUCCAAAAGAGUACAUUCCUAAUACAAGUUCAAACUGCUUAACCUGCCACACGAUGUUAACCAUACUCUUAAAUGUUUACAUUUAACCUUUGCGUUGUCCUUCGGGUCAUCGGGAACCGUUAUCUGACGGUUUUUAUUUAUCCAAUGGCCUGGCAUUGAGCCUUGUGUCCACCGGUGACCCUCGCCUACUAUGUGCUGUCAUUUCACGUGAACAGCCACGGGUCCCCAUGACACGAAGGACCAUUAAUUACACUUGUUAAUACAACGAUCACAACUGACGCUAAGGGUGUCUCGGGUGGAAUAAUAGCUCUGUAGAGUUAAAUUAUUAUAUUAAAUAUAUUUUUUUUUAAACUACCCACUUUAUCCUAAAUAGCAGACUAGUCCUUGUGGUGUUGCUCCUUUACAGCUCAUAGGAAAGAGUGAAACUGUUAAAUACUUGUAUUAUUGAAUAAAUCUUGUAUAGCAGCUAAAGAAAUGCAGCACAAAGUGGUUUACAGUAAGUAAACUGCAUUAAAUACACUGAUCAUUAAAAUGGGGACAUAUGUGCCAUGACAGCAGCUGCACUUCAUUUUUAAUGUUUGAUUAGCGUUAUAUUUUAUUGUUUCUGUUGAAUUGAACU